CGUGCCGCGCAGGGGAAGAGGCGCGCCGCCCGGGCUGGUGGCUGCGUCGCGGCCACGUCUCUCUUUGUUUCCGUGUGUGUCCUCCCGUGGGGAGUGGGGGGAGGCGGCCAAAGAUGAGCUCGAGGCUGCUGAGCACGCAGAGAUUUUUAUUUUUCUGGGACUGUGCUGGGGGAAGCGGGAGAGGGGAGAGGCUCUUUCGCGCCUCGGCCUCUGGGGGACGCGGCCACCUCCGCCCGGCUCCGAGGCGCUGACUCGCCGCCCGCUGCCUUCCUUCCUGGGCCGCCUCUGCUGCUCUGGCAGCCCCGCUCCACGGAGGCAUCCGGAACCCGGAAAGCAGCGAGCCCGAGCCCCGGCCGCCCUCCUCCCUUCCUUUCUCUCCCCACACCCCACUCCCUUCCUUUCCUUUUUUUUUUUUUUCUUUCCUUCCAAACCGUUUUAUGUUUUUCCACCAGAAACCGCAGAGUCCAACACCCUCGGGCCGAAUCCCCCCCCAGGAGCACCCCUGCGUCUUGGGGCACCGAGAGAGCCACGAGGCCAGGCUGGCCGGCUCCUCACCUUGGGAGACGGGGCCGACUUCUCCCGAGGCCGGGGCGGGACGCCUUGGCCCGAGUGCCUGAAGGCCUGCGCUGCCCCGCGAUCGUGCCCCGCUCGCUGGGGACCUGGGUGGGGGCGACAACGCGGAUCGCUCCGGGGUUAUUUAUUUUCCCUUCCACUCCAUCCCUUCCUCCCCCAAACCUCGCCUGCAAGCUGCCUCCAGCCCGCGGGGGUCGACAGCGGCCCUGGAGCCCCCCAGCCCCAAUCCACAGCGCUCGGCUUUCCCAUUCAUUAUUGAUCAUAUUUUAUAAAUCCAACGCCACACAAUUUUUUCCACAUUACCGGGAGCCGUGGGGAGGCGGCGCGGCCAUUGGCGCAGGGGACGUCACGUGGGCCGGGGUCACGUGGGCCGGAGAGGAAAAAGGGGGUCCUUUUUGGUGUAAAUCUGGACUCUAAUUCUGUAAUAUAUCAAGGAAUCUCGUAAAACCGACACUAAAACGUCCCUGCCUACAAAUCAUCCGGCCAAAUUAUGAGUUCAUUGUAUUAUGCGAAUGCUUUAUUUUCUAAAUAUCCGGCCGCAAGUUCGGUUUUCGCCACCAGCGGAGCCUUCCCCGAACAAACUUCUUGCGCGUUCGCCUCCAACCCCGCGCGCCCCGGCUACGGCGCGGGCGCCUCCUUCGCCGCCGCGGUGCCCGGCCUGUACCCCGGCGGCGGGGGCGCGGCGGGCGCGGGCGGCGUCUACGCGGCCGGCUACGGGCUCGAGCCGGGUUCCUUCAACAUGCAUUGCGCGCCCUUUGAGCAGAGCCUCUCCGGGGUGUGUCCCGGCGACUCCGCCAAGGAGCAGAGGGACUCGGACCUGGCGGCCGAGAGUAACUUCCGGAUCUACCCCUGGAUGCGGAGCUCAGGAACCGACCGCAAGCGAGGCCGCCAGACCUACACGCGCUACCAGACGCUGGAGCUGGAGAAGGAAUUUCACUACAACCGCUACCUGACCCGGCGGAGGCGCAUCGAGAUCGCGCACGCGCUCUGCCUGACCGAGAGACAGAUCAAGAUCUGGUUCCAGAACCGGCGCAUGAAGUGGAAAAAGGAAAACAAGGCCUCUGGUCCAGGGAUCCCCGACCAGGCCAAGGCAGAGGCAGAGGAGGAGGAGGAGGAGUAAGGAGCGGAGGAAGAGAGAAGAGAGAGGGAGCCGCCCAGUUCUGGGAGCUGAGCCCGGAAACUCAUGUCAAAUCGAAAAAAAAAAAACAAAAAAAAAACACUAUUUAAAUAAGAGCAGUUUUUGAAAAAAUCAAGGAGAGAGGUGAAAUUUUGGUUUUUCAACACUGUAAAAAAAAAAAAUACUACCUAGAGGAAAGUCUGUCGGGUUUGUUUUUGUACAAUAUGGAAAGAGCGUUAUCUACCUGUUCUGUAGCUUUCUAACUCACCCCGCUUUUCUAUGUUGCUAUUGUAAGGUCUUUGUAAAGUCUCGCUGUUUUGUAAGCCUCCUUUGAUACCGUCUCUGUGGACCGUGGGUCUGGACUCACCGGGGAGCUCCCACAAGCCCUCCCGAGCCUCCACCUUCCCAGCAGCAGCACCCAGAGGGUCUGGGGAACUCCACCGCCCACCGACUGGCCUACUAGCUCCUGUGCCGUGCGCCUGACCGCUGCCCCCUGUGCCCAGCGCCCACCACCCUUCCUUUUUAAAUUCUGUGUGUAUCGGGAUGAUGCAAAAAUAAAACAUGAUUAAAAAUA